UCCUUCCUCGCUCGUCCUGGUUCCUCUCGGAGCGGAGACGGCAAAUGGCGGACUUCGAUACCUACGACGAUCGGGCCUACAGCAGCUUCGGCGGCGGCAGAGGGUCCCGUGGUAGUGCUGGCGGCCAUGGUUCCCGGAGUCAGAAGGAGCUGCCGACAGAGCCCCCUUACACUGCCUAUGUAGGAAAUCUGCCUUUCAAUACUGUUCAGGGAGACAUAGACGCCAUCUUCAAGGAUCUCAGCGUAAGGAGCGUACGGCUAGUCAGAGAUAAAGAAACGGAUAAAUUUAAAGGAUUUUGCUAUGUAGAAUUCGAUGAGGUGGAUUCCCUUAAGGAAGCUUUGACCUAUGAUGGCGCGCUGUUGGGUGAUCGAUCACUUCGAGUGGACAUUGCCGAAGGUAGAAAACAAGAUAAAGGGGGCUUUGGAUUCAGGAAAGGUGGACCAGAUGACAGAGGAAUGGGUGGUUCUCGAGAAUCUAGAGGCGGAUGGGAUUCCCGGGAUGACUUCAAUUCUGGCUUCAAGGAUGACUUCUUGGGAGGCAGGGGUGGAGGCAGUCGCCCAGGUGACCGGCGAACAGGCGGUCCCCCAAUGGGGAGUCGCUUUAGAGAUGGACCACCUCUUCGGGGCUCUUCAAUGGAUUUCAGAGAACCAACAGAAGAGGAAAGAGCACAGAGGCCCCGACUUCAGCUUAAACCUCGAACAGUUGCUACCCCCCUCAAUCAAGUAGCCAAUCCCAACUCGGCUAUCUUCGGUGGAGCCAGGCCCCGAGAGGAAGUGGUUCACAAAGAGCAAGAAUGAGCUCGAGGUUGGGAGGGAAUGGGGGGAGAAUGAUUGAGCAAGACAGCAGCAGAGUUCAUUACUCUGGACGUCAACCCUGCAGUUACCAUUCCUGCCACCUGACAUUUGUCCUCCUCCUUUCUUGAAACUGAAAACACAGAGCUUGUGAAUGCAUGUCAGCUGUUAACAAGUGGUUUUUAGUACGUUCUUGGCUUUGCUGUAUCUAGUGCCUGUUUUGUGCUGUUUUUUUCCCACCGCCUUGGCCCUUUCCCUCCCUGUUUUCCUCUUUGUUUUCGCAGCACGUGGUUUCUUGCAGAUGAAUGAAAGCUGUCAUUAUCAGCAAGGGUGGGAGUUCCCGGGAUGAGGUGCUGCUCCAUUUCCCUCCUUAGCUUUCUCUGUUUUACUUUAGAAACACUGGUUAGACUUUGUUAAAACUCCAAUAUUGUUUCCUUUGGAUUUUCCUCACUUCUCUUCUGACCUGCAUGUUUGGUUCUGGGUUGCUGUGGCUCCAAAGAAGCAAAUAGGAAAAAACUCCCCAACAGGUUGGACCAUCUGUCGACCUACGUGUAGAAUUGGGUGCCCUCUCCAAGGCGAGGGAUCAAACACAAACAAAAGGUGUAGUCCUUCCAGCCAGUUCACAGGUAGUUUUCUUUCCCUCUCACUCCUCAAUUCCUUCCCAUAAACAGAUGUAAUGAGAGCAGAAUAGGAUCAAAUUUAAAAGUAUAUGUCUAUAUAAAAUGUGGAGAAUGGGGACUAUUACCCUAGAGAAUUAAUUGGCUUCACUCCCACAGGUCUGUCAGUUGUAGAUCUGCCCGCACCUCAAUCCUUACUAGGAAACUCCUUUUGUUAGGCAGAUUAAAGGGUUGUUUAUUGAACGACUGCAAACUGCAAUCUGGUUUUAUCUCAACGGAGGUGCUUUGGGGGCUUGCACAGCGGUGCGGAUCUAUGCCUAUUUGAACAUUAAAAAAAUGCUCAUUGAGUCUUUGCUUUUUAAAAAAAAAUUACACUUUUUUUUUUUUAAAGUUUUACAUGUUUGGUAAGUAACUUUUAAAUGCAGGUUUAUACAGAUAAAGUUGAUUUUGUGUUGUGUCGGAAGGAGUGUAAAACUUACUACCCUUGGCCACGUGUUUGGCAUCUAGCCCCAGUAUUUCUUUGUCCCCAAGUGUAAAUAGUCAAUAGUGAGAUGCUGUACUCCCCAUCAUCAUUUUUUAAAAUGGGUCAGGAGAGCUGACCCUAGGAUCUGGCGAUGUCAUGUCUCACUGAGAUUCGUCAAGGACCUUGAAACAUCUCGUGGGUAGCACUGAAGUUGAAGACCUGUACCUCUUAGAACCUGAAGGUUCAUCGGGGGAGAGCUUGCUGUCCACUGGCAAAAUAUUCGGGAGAAUAAAAGGCAAAGCUUAGGUUGGGCAUCCCAGGAGCUAGAAGGAAGCCAGCAGAGUCAGGGUUUCUUGGGAAGCCUGGCCUCUUAGCUCAGUCCACUCCCACGGCACAUUGUUGUUGCCUCCUGAUUCCUGGCUCCGCUUCCUCCUGUCCUUGUUUCCAAGUUACAGCAAUUUACAGGACCCUUCCUCCUCUUUCCUGCUUCCUUCCUUUCCUCCCUCCUUCCUUCCACCUGUCAUACUCUGCUCCUAAGAUAAGAAACCAUUUGUGUAACACCAACACGUAAUCUAAGAAAGACAUGCAUUAUGUGGUUGUAAUCAAAACGGAUGCUUUCCGAUGACCUACUUACAUCUUCAAUGUGGAAAAGAUUAAGAACAGCAGCAACGAAGGCCCCAACUUCUGGUUAAUCCAGUCGCAUUUUAAAUGUGAGAAUGGAAUUCCAAACACUUCAGCCAUUCUGCUUCAUGACAGAAAGUAAAUUUAUGGAUAUGGUAUUUUGUGAAUGAUCUUUUAAAUAAAAGAAAACCUUAAGUAAUA